AUGCCCUACACAGAACAGCUUGACGCAUUCGUUACGCGACUCAAUGAAAGUGGCAGUGACUAUACCAAGAAGCAUUCAAUUCUAUCAGAAUUAUUAGACACUAUAGAAUCAUUCAAUGGGGCCACAGAAUAUGAAUAUUUUUUAAAGAAUUUGGUCCCCAUUUUUAUUAAAGAUUUAGAACAAGUUCCUAUAUCAUUCAUAAGUAGUUCUCCACAACACAAGUUGAGAAAUUCCAUAUUGGAAAUUAUUCAUAGAUCGAUUUUGAAUGAUACUUUCCAACCAUUCUCUGAACUGAUAUUGGAUGCGUUAGUAAAGACUUUGGUUGAAGAAAAUGAAGAUAAUGGGGUUUUAUGUAUGAAAAUCAUUACUAGUUUACAUAAAGCUUACAAGAAUAAGUUGAACGAAAAAGUACAGCCAUUUGUUGAUAUCAUUGGUUCUAUUUACGAUAAUAUGGAUAAAACUGUACAUGAUGUGUUUGGUGACGAUGAUAAUAAUACAGCAGAAACUUCGACUGAUGCCAAAGAAGAUUCUCCUGCAGCAACCACAACAACUACAGGAUUCAAUGAAGAAACACCAACGAAAAAGUUGAAUAAAGCUAUGUUUUCAUUUAAAACUUUAGCUGAAUGUCCUAUCACCAUGGUAUCAUUGUACCAAUCAUAUAAACAAUUAGUUGCAACAUCAUUGCCCAAAUUUUUACCUAAAAUAAUUCAUAUUUUGGAAUUGCAGGUUGAAAAACAGAAACAAUUUAGAGAAGAAUCAGAAAAUAAAAUUGUUACAUCGAUUUCACCUGAAAUCAAAAACAGACAAUCAUUUAGUGAUUUUAUAUUAGGUCAAGUCAAAGCAGCUUCAUUUUUGGCUUAUGUUUUCAUUAGAGGUUACGCCAGUCAACACUUGAAACCAGAAGAAAGUAAAUGUGUACCUGAUGUCAUUUUAAGAUUAUUACAGGAUUGCCCUGCUGAACUUUCCAUUGCUAGAAAAGAAUUAUUACAUGCAACAAGACAUAUUCUUUCAACACCUUUCCGUACACAAUUUAUUCCAAAAUUGGAAUUAUUGUUUAAUGAAAAAAUACUUAUAGGUGAUGGAUUAACUUCAUAUGAGACAUUAAGACCAUUGGCAUAUUCUACGGUAGCUGACUUUAUUCAUAAUGUUAGAAACGAAUUAACUCCAGCACAAAUAUGGUCAACAGUAAAUAUUUAUUGUGAUUUAUUAAAAGAUGAUUCAUUGGCUUUAACUGUGCAAAUAAUGAGUGCUAAAUUGUUACUUAAUUUAGUGGAAAAAAUUAUGAAAUUACCAAAUAAAUUGGAAGGUAGACAAUUAUUCCUUAUUAUAAUCGACUCGUAUGCUAAAAGAUUUGCUAGUUUGAACCGCAAGUAUAAUUAUAUCAUUACAAAGCAUAAUGAAUUUGAGAAUAAAAAGGCUUCCAAAGAAAGAAAGGCUAAGAAGGCAAUUGAAAGAUAUUCUUCUAAAAUAGAACCAGAAGUAGAAGAACAGAAAUCCGACAAUGCCAAUGAAGAUAUGAUGGACAUUGAUAAACCCAAUCAAGACAACAAAGAAGAAGAAGUUUCAGAAAAACCCGAACCUCCUCUUGAUAUGUUCAAUAUUGAUACUCAUUCACCAAUUGCUGCUAUCCCUGUUUCAAACAAUACUGAUGUUUUAAAAGAUGCAAGAUAUUUAUUUAGAACUUUAAUGACGUUUUUGAAAUCGGUUAUUUUUGGAUUGAAGAAUUGUAAUCCUCCUGUCCCACCACAACCAACACCAUCUGAUCCUAAUAAACCAGGACAACAAGUGAAUUAUGAUAAAUGGAAUGAUUCAGCCAAAUUGAUUGCCUUUGAAGAAGUCAAUAUAUUAAGAGCUUUAUUCAGAGGUGGUAUUAGUUGUCUUCGGUUUUUUUCCAUUACCAAAUCAAAACCACCAAUUACUAACAAGACAAUUGAUUUUUCCACUGGUGGACCAAACUUACCAAUAACAUCAUCUAAAGAAGAAAAAGAUUUGAUGGAGAUUUUUGCCACUAUUUUUAUUCAUAUUGACCCAGCUUCAUUUAAUGAAAUUGUUAGUUCUGAAUUACCAUUUAUGUUUGAAUCAAUGUUAGAAAAUGCUGCAUUAUUACAUUUACCACAAUUUUUCCUAGCUAGUGAAGUCACUUCGGCCAAUUUCUCGGGGAUUUUAAUUUCAUUCUUGAGAGAAAACUUGGAACAAUUAGGUGAAGCUGAUUUGAUCAAAUCUAAUAUAUUGACGAGACUUUUCAAGCUUUGUUUUAUGUCGGUUAAUAUAUUCCCCACUACUAAUGAAGGAGUAUUAUUGCCUCACUUAAACCAUUUGAUAUUGGAAUCAUUAAGGUUGGGAACAAAGGCAGAAGAACCAAUUGUAUACUCUUACUUGGUGAGAAUCCUUUUCCGAAGUAUUAGUGGAGGAAGAUUUGAAAAUUUGUAUAAAGAAAUCAUGCCAAUUUUACCCGUAUUGUUGGAAAAUUUGAAUAAAAUGAUUGCGAAUGCCAGAAGACCAUAUGAAAGAGAUAUAUAUGUCGAGUUGUGUUUGACCGUUCCAGUUAGAUUAUCAGUUUUGGUUCCCCAUUUGAAUUAUUUAACUAGACCAUUAGUGUAUGCAUUGAAUGGAUCUCAAGAAUUGGUUAGUCAAGGUUUGCGUACGUUUGAAUUAUGUGUGGAUAAUCUCACGGCAGAGUAUUUUGAUCCAAUGAUUGAACCAGUUAUUGACGAGAUUAUGGCAGCUUUAUGGAAACAUUUAGAACCGGUGCCUUAUCAUCACCAACAUUCUCAUACUGCUAUAAGAAUUUUGGGUAAAUUAGGAGGUAGAAAUCAUCGGAAUUUUAAACCUUGUAACAAGUUAGUCACUCAACUGGAUUUAGAUCAAGAAGUAAAAGCUUUAUUUGAAAUUCAUGGCCUAAAGGAUUCAGUUCCAGUUUCUAUCACCCCUGGAGUUGAAUCGGCGGUAAAACUUCUUGAAGAUCCAAGAUUGAAAAUCCAUUAUAAAAUAAGUGCUUUCAAAUACUUGGCAAACAUUUUGAAAUUAUUAAUAAAUACAACUCCCAUACCAGAUAAUUUUCCUCAAUAUAUUAGUGAAAGUAUUGAAUUUUUAAAGCAAGAGAAAAUUAAAGACAUCCAUAUUGAAUUAUCACCUUCAGAAAUUAAGGAUAGUGAAAAAUUGGAUCGUCAACAACAAUUAUUUUCCAAAUUGCUUGAAAUCUUGUUUUUUUCGGUAUCUAUCCCUGAUUUGAAAGAAGAGGCUAGUGAGUUGAUUGAUGGGAUUACUACCCAUUUCACUUUUCUCCGGUUAACAACUUCUGUUAUUGAAAAAGUCAAAAAGGAAAGACAAUUUUCAAUUAAUGAAAAUGAAGGUAAAGCUUAUAUAAACGAGAAUGUGUUUUUCAAUGCUUUAAAUUAUGCCUUGAGCUUUUGGGAUAAAAAUGUUAGACAGAAGGGGAUUGAUUGUAUCAAGAAGAUAUACGAUACCACAGUUGUAAUAUUUGGUUCUGAAGAAAAUGCCUUGUAUUCACCAGUAUUUCGGUCAAUGUUUUAUAAGUUUACUCAUUGCUGUUACAAUGAAUAUUAUCAUGCCAAACUUGGAGGUGUAUUGGGAUUAAAAACAAUGUUUCAAGAUUUAAAGAUCCCACCUAGUUGGUUCAGUAAGAGACAAUUUGAAUUAGUACGUUCAAUAUUUUUUAUCUUAAGAGAUACUCCUGAAACAGCUCCAUUUGAAGUGAGAGAAUCAGCAAAAACAUUAGUGUUGGAUCUUUUGAAAGCAUGUAAUACAGAUGUGACAAAGGAAACCGUAACCGAGAAAUCUUUUCAAACACUUGUGGGUGCAUUUGUUUAUGACUUGGCCAGUCCAACACCAAUGGUCAGAGAAGUUGCUCAAAAUUGCUUGAAGGUUCUUUCUGAAACUACUGGUGUGGGAAUCGCCACGAUGAUUGAUCCCUGUAAACAUUUGUUGUUAGCACCUAUAUUUGGCAAACCAUUACGUGCAUUACCCUUCCCCAUGCAAAUUGGGAAUAUAGACGCCAUUACCUUUUGCUUGAAAUUACCCGAUACAUUCUUGACAUUUAACGAAGAAUUGAAUAGAUUGCUUUUAGAGGCACUUGCAUUGGUUGAUGCCGAAGAUGAAUCAUUAGCCAAUGUUCACCGUUUAAGUGAAUAUCGUACUUCGAAACAACUUAUUGAGUUGCGGGUUGUUUGUAUCAAGUUAUUGUCGUUAGCAUUAACAAAGCCAGAUUUCUCAUUAGGGUCGUUGGCAGAAGCAAGAAUUAGAAUUUUGGGGGUAUUCUUCAAGGCAUUAUGUAAUAAAUCAACGGAAAUAAUUAAUGCUGCUCAUCAUGGAUUAGCAGCCAGCCUACAAGAGAAUGCCAAAUUACCAAAAGAGUUGUUGCAAAAUGGUCUUCGUCCUAUGUUAAUGAAUUUGUCAGAUCAUAAGAAACUUACAGUUUCUGGUCUUGAAGCAUUGGCUAGAUUAUUAGAAUUGUUGAUUUCAUAUUUUAGAGUUGAAAUCGGGAGAAAACUUUUGGACCAUUUAAUGGCUUGGGCUCAAAUCAAUACAUUGAGACAAAUUGCUGGUCAAGAUUUAACCAACAAUCAUACUGUACAAAUUGUUAUGGCAAUUUUGAAUAUAUUCCAUUUAUUGCCAGCAAAAGCUUACACAUUUAUGGAAGAAAUCAUUAAUACUUUACAGUAUUUGGAAGGACAUUUAGAUCGUCACAAAGAUUCUCCAUUCAGACAACCAGUAUCGAAAUUUUUGAAUAGAUUUGCAGAAAACUGUAUUGGAUAUUUGAUUGCCAAUUUUAAGAACCGUAAAUUGGGUAAUAUGUUGGCAGCAAUCACCGGUAUGGAUGGUUGUGAAAAUUUGAGAAAGAUUUCUCGUGAGAAAUUGACCGUAUUCAUUGAUGAUGUAAAGAAUGAAUCAGAUAAAGAAAUCAAAAUUAUUAAAUUUGCAAACUUGGUUGACUUGAUCGAUGCCAUUAGCAAGCAUGAACAUAGUUGGUUUGAUGAACAGAAACCUUUGUUGUUAUUGCUUUCACAAACAGUUGAAGAAAUAUCCUAUACUCGUACGACAGCGGAAUUCUCAUCCGUUCACUUCCAGAGUGAUCAAGCUAUUGAGAAACUUCAUGAAUUGAUUGUCGGAUUUUUGAAAAGAAACCCUAAAGAAGUUGAUCUUAUGUUUGCUGUUGUUAAUCGUGAUUGCAAAUUGAAACUUCAAGUUCCAGCAGUUAUUGAAGAUUACCUUUUUAAUAACAUAGUUUCGUCAAGUGAAAUUGAUAUAAGAGAAGAAUAUUUAAAGAAAACUAUUGAUUUUGCCAAUGAUGAUAUUUCUAAUUUGAAAGCAAAGAUUUUCUUUUUGAAAAAAGUUUUUAAUCCAAUAUUUAUAUAUGAGUCAGUAAUGAGAGGCUCGGUGGACUCAUUCUUCACCAGUACGAAACCUGAAUGGCUUGAAAAAUUGGAUGAGAAUAUUUGGAAAUCAACAACAGAUAUAAUUACGAAUCAUACUUCAGGUUCAAUGGACAGUUAUCGAUACGCGCUUCUUGAAGUGACUGCAUUGUUACUUAAAUUAGCAUCAAAAUACAUUGGUGAUUUACGGAAAGAUAUUAUCAAGUUCAGUUGGAAUUAUAUAAAAUUGGAAGACAAUAUCACUAAACAAGUUGCUUAUGUGACAACUUCCUAUUUUAUUUCGGUGUAUGAUACACCAGCAAAAUUGACAACACAAGUUUUUGUUGCUCUUUUGAGAACUCAUCAAACUGAUUCGAGAUAUUUGGUGAAACAAGCUCUAGACAUUUUGGCUCCUGUUAUGUCAGAAAGAAUGAAUGAUGCUGAUUCAUCUGAUAAUUGGUUGAAAUGGCCACGUAGAAUAUUAUCAGAAGAUGGAUUUAAUGUUACCCAAGUGUUGAACGUAUAUCAAUUUAUUGUUCAACAUCCCGAUUUGUUUUUCGUUGCCAGAGAGCAUUUUGUUUCCAAUAUAAUCACUGCAAUGGGUAAAUUAACAAUCCUUGCCAAUCCUGCUAUUGAAAAUCAAGUAUUGGCAAUCGAAUUGGCUGAGUUGAUUUUAUAUUGGGAACGUAAAGCAAAAGGUUCCAAAGAAGAAGUACAGACAAUCCAAGAGGAUGAAAAUAUUGAAGAUGACAAAGAAGAAACUAUCCCUAAAGAAGAAGAAGAAGAAGAAGUCAAACCUGAAAGUGAUUUUACUACUUCUCCAAAUUAUUCUAUUCCAUUUGGUCAAAGAGAAGCAUGCGUCACUUUUUUGAUUAGAUAUGUUUGUAUUAGUCCUCAGAGAGCGUCUGAAAGUGAGUUGGGUCAGAAAGCAUUAGGAAUUUUGUAUGACUUGUUGAGUCCUGAACACUGGUCAGAAGUUUCUGUGAAGCUUACAUUCUUUGAAAAAUUUUUAUUAGCCCAAGAUAUUAAUUCGAGUAAUUUAUUAGGUUAUUGUUUGAAUGCAUUAGAAGUUUUGGGGGUGGUUUUGGAAUGGAAAAAACCCGAAUGGAUUGUUUCAAAUCUUUCCUAUCUUCAAAAAUUGCUUGAAAAGUGUAUUAAGUCUGAUAACCAUGAUAUUCAAGAAGUUUUACAAAGAGUUCUAUCCACUAUUUUGAAGGCUAUAACCGACCAAAAGACGACCGAGGAAGAAGACGAAGAGGAAGAUGAUGUGAAAGAGUUUUUUAAUUUGCUUACCACUACUGUUACCGAGGAUUUGGGAGACACAUCUUCUGUCCCUGCAGGUGUCACCUUAUUCUGGACAUUGGCUCAUUAUAAACCAUCGACUUUGGAUAACUUAUUACCAACAAUUAUGAAGACGUUUAGUAAACUUUGUAAGGAUCACAUUACUAUGACGCAUCAAGGUUCUCAAACGUCUACUUCAAAAGAUAAUGCAAGUUCAGAAUUUGAAGCUAAGAUGACGACAAGGUUACUCGAGAAAAUUCUCAAGUUAUGUGCAUCGAGAAUUUCCAAUUUGGGUGAUCAAAGACGUAUAUUUUUGUCGUUAUUGGCACAGUUAAUUGAAAGAAGUUUAGAUAAAGACACUUUGGAAAAAAUCAUUAAAAUUGUUAAAAAUUGGGUGUUUUCGAGAACAGAUCUUUUCCCUACAACGAAAGAAAAAGCGGCUAUUUUAUCGAAAAUGAUGGUAUUUGAAAUUCGAGGGGAGCCUACCUUGUCAAAAGAGUUUUAUCAGAUCAUUGUUGAUAUUUUUGAAGAUGAUACCUUUAGCUGCACUGAACUUACUGUGAGAAUGGAACAACCAUUUAUGGUAGGAACCAGAUCUGUCGAUGUAUCUAUUAGACGUAAGUUGAUGUCCAUAUUGAACAACAGUUUAGAAAAAGAUAUCGCUAAAAGGUUGUAUUACGUAAUAAGAGAACAAAAUUGGGAAUAUUUGGCAGAUUACCCUUGGCUAAACCAAGCAUUACAAUUGCUUUUUGGAGCAAUAGACUUUGAUCAAGAAAUAAGAUUAGUUGAUGAGGAAAAUAAGUUGGCACCGGUAAAAGCGUUGUCGUUCCCUGAAUCUGACAAGAUGGAAGUUGAUAAUACCAGUAAUAAUAAUGAGAAGUUGAAUGAGUUAUUGAAGAAACACUCAGAGUUUAUGGCAGCUGCUGGAAUCAUAAAGGCAGGUGAUAUUUUGGAACCAUUGAUUGAUAUGUUUUAUCAAAGUGGUGAGACCAUCCAUCGGACCUGGUCAUCAUUUUUCCCAAUUGCAUUUUCUUCUCUUCCACAUUCAGAAACUUUGGAUUUCACUCGAUUUAUGGUUAUUUUGUUGUCUAAAGAUUACCACACUCGUCAAGUUGAUAUGAGACCAAAUGUUAUCCAAUCAUUAUUGGAAGGGGUUUCACGUUGUGAGGAUCUUCAAUUGCCUCCAUUUGCCGUUGAAUGUUUGGCAUCCAACUUUGAUGCUUGGUCACAAGGAAUUCAUAUACUUGAGAAUAUUGAUGAAAAAUUGGUUAAUGCCAAUGUAGAAGUACGUGAAGUAACCGAGGAUGCGUUGGCAAAAUUAUAUGCAACUUUGAAAGAAGAUGACAUGUUUUAUGGGUUAUGGCGUAGAAGAGCCAAAUAUUCGGAGACAAUAAGUGCAUUAUCAUUUGAACAACUUGGUCUUUGGGACAGAGCACAACAAUUAUAUGAAACUGCUCAAAUCAAAGCUAGAAGUGGAGCAUUACCAUAUGGCGAGUCAGAAUACGCACUUUGGGAGGAUCAUUGGAUUCUUUGUUCCGAAAAGUUGCAACAUUGGGAUAUUCUUACAGAUCUCGCUCGACAUGAAGGCUUUUCAGAUCUUCUUUUGGAAUGUGGUUGGAGAGUUGCAGAUUGGUAUAAUGAUAGAGAGACUUUAGAUCAAACUGUUAAAAAUGUUAUGGAUGUGCCAACACCUAGACGUCAAGUGUUUGAGACAUUUUUGUGUUUACAAGGAUUUGGUCAAGAAAAGGAAACAUUGCAGGAUUUGUCACGUUUGUGUGAUGAAGGUAUUCAAUUAGCAUUGCGUAAAUGGCAUGGAUUACCAGAAAGAUUUGCCAAUGCCCACAUUCCGUUAUUGCAUACAUUCCAACAAUAUGUUGAAUUUAUGGAAGCCAGUCAAGUAUAUGCCAGCUUGGUAACUACAAAUGCUCAAAAUUUGGAUAUGAAAUCACAAGAAUUGAAAAGAGUGUUACAGGUGUGGCGUGAACGUUUACCUAAUGUUUGGGAUGACAUUAAUAUUUGGAAUGAUUUGGUUACCUGGCGUCAACAUGCCUUCCAAGUUAUCAAUAAAGUGUAUAUGCCAUUUAUUCCUGUCUUGCAACAGAAUAGCACAGGAAGUAAUGCCAAUUCCUAUGCAUACCGUGGAUUCCAUGAGAUUGCUUGGGUCAUCAAUAGAUUUGCCCAUGUUGCUAGAAAGCACAACAUGCCUGAAGUUUGUAUUAAAGAAUUGACGAGAAUAUAUCAAUUGCCAAAUAUUGAAAUCCAAGAAGCAUUUUUGAAAUUGAAAGAACAAGUGAAAUGUCACUAUCAAAAUAGUAAUGAAUUGAAUACUGGUCUUGAUGUUAUUAGUAAUACCAACUUGGUUUAUUUUGCCACACAACAGAAAGCAGAAUUUUUCACUUUGAAAGGUAUGUUCUUGAACAAAUUGAACCAAAAAGAUGAAGCCAAUAAAGCUUUUGCCACAUCUGUUCAAAUUGAUCUUAAUUUACCAAAGGCUUGGGCAGAAUGGGGUAUGUUUAAUGAUCGUCGUUUUAAGGAAAAUCCAAACGAUAUGGUGUACGCUAAUAAUGCUAUUAGUUGUUAUUUACAAGCUGCUGGUCUUUAUAAGAAUGGGAAAACCAGAAAGUUAUUAGCGAGAAUCUUGUGGUUGAUUAGUUUGGAUGAUGCUUCAGGGACAUUGGCACAAGCUUUUGAGAAUUUUAGAGGAGAGGUCCCUGUAUGGUAUUGGAUUACUUUUAUACCACAAUUGUUGACAUCAUUGUCUCAGAAGGAAGCGAAAUUGGCUAAACAGAUUUUGAUUAGAAUUGCUAAGAACUAUCCACAAGCAUUACAUUUCCACCUUCGAACGGCAAGAGAGGAAUUUGCUGCUCAACAGCGACAUAUUGCUGACCUUGCCCGUCAACAAGCUGCUCAGUCUGCUGCACAAGCUACACAAGCAGCUGCAGCUGCAGCAGCUAGUUCUUCUUCUUCACCUAAUGAAUCAAACGGCAAUAAUGGCACUAACCAACAAUCAAAAUUGAAUGGAUCACUGCCAGGAAAUGGAGCAAGGACUCAACAAUCACCAGUCUCACAACCACAGCAACCACAAAUCAACAUUCCAAAUUCAAUUCGUCAACCAUUGGAACAUAUUGAUGAGAUUAUGGCUAUUUUGAAAACUGCUUAUCCAUUGAUGGCGCUUUCUUUGGAAUCAUUAGUGGACCAGAUCAACCAACGAUUCAAGUGUACUGCAGAUGAAGAUGCAUAUAGAUUAUGUGUUGCAUUACUUAAUGAUGGUAUUCAGUAUUUAAAUAAAUUAGGAAAUCCAAAAGAAGAUGCUAAAUUGCCAACUAUAACGGAAGCCAAUAUAACUAGAUUUGCUGAAACGGUUCUUCCAAAACAGAUUAGAGCAGAAUUUGAAAAAGAUUUGGUGAUUUCUAAACCAAACUUGGAAACUUAUAUUUCAAAAUUGAGAAAUUGGAGAGAUAGAUUGGAAGAUAAAUUAGAUAGACGAUUUUCACAAGUGAAUUUGGAGAAUUUAUGUCCACAUUUAAGUGAAUUCCAUCAUCAGAAAUUCGAAGAAAUUGAAGUACCAGGACAGUAUUUAUUGAAUAAAGAUAGUAAUGCUCAUUUUGUUAAAAUUGAAAGAUUUCUUUCCACGAUUGAUUUAGCUCGAGGUUCUAGUGCAUGUUAUAAAAGAUUAAGAAUUCGUGGACACGAUGGUAGUUUGCAUACUUUUGCCGUCCAAUUUCCAGCGGCUCGUAAUUGUCGUCGUGAAGAAUCGGUAUUUCAACUUUUCAGAAUAUUCAAUGAUAGCAUUUCGAGAAAAGUUGAGACACGUCGUCGUAAUAUCCAAUUCACUUUACCAAUUGCCGUUCCAUUAUCUCCACAUAUUCGUAUUGUCAAUGAUGAUACUAGAGAUGUCUCAUUACAAAAAGUUUAUGAAGAUUUUUGUAAAAAGAAUGGCAAGAGUCGUGAUGAACCAUUUAUUUAUACUGUGGAGAAGUUAAGAGCUGCAUAUGACCAAAGAUUACCAAAACCUGAUAUUGCUAGUGUUAAAGUUGAAAUUUUGAGUGCUAUUCAAUCAUUAUUGGUUCCAUCUACGGUUUUGAAAAAUCAAUUUAUCAAUUUGUAUUCAAAUUUUGAAGAUUUCUGGUUAUUCCGUAAGCAAUUUACUUCGCAAUAUGCAUCAUUUAUUUUUACCACAUACAUGAUGUGUAUAAAUGCUAGACAACCGCAAAAGAUUCAUGUCAAUAAAGGUUCAGGAGCGGUUUGGACUUCUGAUAUGUUACCGUACAGAAUAUCACCAAGAAAUCCUAAUGAAAAUACCCAGAUUAAACAAUCACCUAUAUUUGUUAAUACUGAACAAGUUCCAUUUAGAUUGACUCCGAAUAUUCAAAAAUUGAUUGGAGAAACUGGGUUAGAAGGGAUUUUAUCGGUUUAUGUUUUAUGUAUUGCUCGAGCAUUGUUAGAACCAGAAUCUGAUUUGGAACAAUAUUUGACUUUAUUUGUAAGAGAUGAAGUUAUGUCUUGGUGUUUACAAAAUGAUAAAACUGCGUUAUCUAAUGAGAAACAAUUGAGUGAUAUUGUUCGAUUAAAUGUUGAAAGUAUUAUUAGAAGAGUCAUGACAAUGGGUCAUAUAUCAUCAGCAAAUGGCGUGGCCAAUCAACAUGUUUUAGAAUUGAUUUCACAAGCUGUUAAUCCACGUAAUUUAGCUUCAGCUGAUUCUUUAUGGAUGGCAUAUUUUUAA